AUGGGCUUCGGUGACUUGAAGUCUGAUUCUGGACUCAAGGCUUUGGAUGCCUAUCUGCUAACUAGGAGCUAUGUUGAAGGCUUCCAACCUUCCCAAGCGGAUGUGGUAGUUUUUGAGGCUGUGGGCAAAAAGCCCGCAACUGACUACCAUAAUCUGUUGCGCUGGUACAACCACAUUGACUCUUAUGGUGACGAGAAGAAGUUGUUUCCGGGUGAGAAAAAGCCCGUUGAACAUUAUGGAUCACCAGGUAGGUCACUCCUAAUCAAGUGA